AUGACGACGACGAUGUCUGAUCUUGACGAGGAUAUGGUAGCGGCAAUACUUAGCAGGGUUCCGAUAACAUCUGUGAAGACAGUGCGAUCUGUCUGCAAACAGUGGAAUGCUUUAUCCAAAAGUUGUGUAUGUUUGGGUAAAGAGAAGCAGUUUCUGGGAUUCAUGAUGAUGGAUUAUAGGGUUUGUUCGCUGAGAUUCGAUCUCCAAGGUGUCCGCAACGAGGGCGACCAGUCCUUACCAUCUAUAAAGCAGAUAAGUUUACUUGACCAAAUCGUGGUAUCUAAACUCUUUCAAUGCGACGGUCUAGUGUUAUGCGUCAUCAAAGACGAGACGAGGCUCUUGGUCUGGAAUCCCUAUCUGGGGCAAACGAGGUGGAUCCAAUUCGAACCCCGACACCAUCUCCACAGGUUAGACAGGUGUGCUCUUGGUUAUGACAAGAACCGCCGUAACCACAAAAUCUUGAGGUUUGUGGAUGAUUACCUCCAUAUCGAAGGACACUUUUUCCGGUACGAAAUCUACGAUUUCAGCCUUGAUUCAUGGAAGGUUCUUGAUGUCACUUCCGACUGGGAUAUAGCGUUUUAUCAACGUGGCGUGUCUCUCAAGGGAAACACUUACUUUUUCGCUAGAGAGCAACUAAUCCUGGACGAAGAAGAGGGAAACCAAGAGAUAGAUACUUCAGGGCUCCAAGACUUUAUACUCUGUUUCGAUUUUACGGCAGAGAGGUUUGGGCCGCGUCUUCGUCUGCCUUUUCACUCUUAUACGGAUGAGACUCUCGCUUUAUCUUGUGUCAAAGAAGAGCAGCUCUCCGUGUUGUACCAGUGUUUUGACCCAUUCUUAGAGAUUUGGGUUUCCACUAACAUCGACCCCAAUGCAGUGUCGUGGCGCAAUUUUUUGAAUGUGGAUUUGAGACCACUCACUGGUUUUCAGUUUGACUGUAUGGCUACCAGUUUCUUCAUUGACGAGGAGAACAAAGUUGCCGUGGUUUUUGAGCUAGACAAGACAUAUCGCUACCAAACAGCUUUCAUCCUUGGUCAAGAUGGAUACUACAAACCUGUCAACUUUGGAGACGCUCUUGAUCUCGCGAAACCUGACAAAGUUGGACAUACUUUCCCCAGAUAUUGCGUCCCACUUGUGUGCUCUUCUUAUGUUCCAAGUUUAGUCCAGAUAGAUUAGCUAGUUUCAGUUUUCAUUCAUUUGGAUUGGAACUUUUACUUUCUUUCCUUUUUUAACUUUUCAUGUCCUUAUCAACAAGACUGCUGCGCUGUCUACUGCUUCUAAUCAAAUUCCUUAUCUGUU